UCGUUUCUUCGUGCCCCCGUGCUUUUCGAGGCUCCCCUUCUUCUGCGACCCUGGCCUGGUCCCCCUCCGUCUUUCGCAUCUCAGCGGCGCCUCGCGUCGUCGAUACGAGCCCUUGCCUUCUUCGCCUCUCAGACUCACUCACGCGUUUUCAAGUGCACGCUGCUCUCGGAUCAGGUACCUGUUGUGCCAUUCGUUUUCAUUUCCUCCCCUUCCUCUCAUCUAACAAGUUCCUAGGGAUGCCAUUUCCUUGAGAGGAGACCGCGAAGUCUAGCGUUUUGGGCCUGAGGCAUACCGUAUAUAUAGAUAUUUGGAAGUUGCCUAUUUCUGGGGACACCCACCGUUGUAAAGAUGGGUACUCAGUCGCUGAUUUACAGCUUUGUUGCCAGAGGCUCAACGGUGCUGGCCGAGUACACUGCCUUUUCUGGCAACUUCAGCACCAUUGCAGUGCAAUGUCUUCAGAAGCUUCCACCAAACAACAAUAAAUUCACUUACACCUGUGAUCGACACACCUUCAACUACCUUGUUGAGGAAGGCUACACAUAUUUGGUUGUGGCUGAUGAGGAAUUUGGGAGGCAAAUUCCGUUUGCUUUCCUUGAGCGAGUGAAGGAGGACUUUAAGCGGCGUUAUGCAGGAGGAAAGGCCGACUCGGCCAUCGCCAACAGUUUAGAUAAAGAAUUCGGUCCGAAACUGAAGGACCACAUGCAGUACUGCGUCGAUCACCCUGAUGAAAUGAACAAAAUUUCGAAGAUUAAGUCCCAAGUUGCGGAAGUCAAGGGAAUCAUGAUGGACAAUAUCGAGAAGGUGCUUGAUCGUGGAGAGAAGAUUGAGCUUCUUGUUGAUAAGACAGAGAACUUGCGUUUCCAGGCUGACAACUUUCAGCGACAAGGCAAGCAACUGCGUCGCAAGAUGUGGUUCCAGAACAUGAAAGUGAAGCUUAUAGUUCUUGCCAUCAUUAUCGUCAUCAUCAUCAUCAUUUGGCUUUCCAUUUGCCGUGGAUUCACUUGCAGCAAUCGCUAAGUGUAGAUACUGACUGGAGGUGGAAAGCAGAAGCCUGCACUAAUUUUUCAUUGUUUUUGUUUUUCGCUUUCUGCCCAAAUCUUCAGGUAGUGAAUCAUGAAAUUUGAGUCUGUGGCCUCUGUCAGGGAGUUGUGUGGGAAUUCUUCCUGAAUUUGAUUUAAAAGUUGGAUUUCAUGUGACUGUUCUCAGAAUACAGUUUUGUAAAUUUUCAUAUCUUCCUAGGUUGGAGGGAUACGAGUAAAAUACCACACUAUUUUGCAAGCUGCAUUUAUGUUGGUAUAUUGCCACUCUCUUAUUGUAUUCGGUUACUACGAAGUUGCUCCAUGGCAACUUUUAUAAAAAUUUGUGAGCUA